AUGAAGUUAUUGUGUGAAGCUGUUCGUAAACAAAAAGAACUUCAACUUGAGCUUCUGUACACCGGUCAGGUCGAGGGUUGGGCAUCUUUUGAGCAACGCGGUCGUAUCCUUUACGUUGGUGUCGCACCCGUCAUCUACGAUGGAGCAUGCGAUGACCGAUGUUUUGCCUUGUUUUCGAAACUGCUUAUUGUGCUGGAGAUCACCAUGGAUGUAAAUUCGUAUAAGCUACUCAGAAAGAUACCAACAAACAAUUUGCGAGUACGAGUUAUGGAGAAUCGCAAUGGACUAGUGGUUGUGCUUUGCUUUUUUCUGUUGGCCAUAUGCAUUUCACUUGUAACUGCACACAUUUUCAUGCUCACCAUACUCCAAUCCUAUUUGUGA